GUCCCUUUGCUAUAGUAAGGCAUGAAUGCAAUGACUGCUAAAUAAAUGCAUCAAAUCAAGUGAAUUAAAGUGACGAAUGGACGUGAUGGACCUGGAUUCAAUCGAUGAGACAAUGGAGUUUCUGGACUUAAGUGACGCCAAUGACGAUGAGAAGGCAGAGGCGAUGGCUAUCAUCAGUUGCGGGCCUCUGAAUGGCGUCGAAUUUCCGUUUGAAUACAAAUCGGUGGUCAAUAAGAGUCGGACCCAAACUCGCGAGUCGCUGAACUCAUCGCUUCAGGACAUGGAUUUGGAGGCCAACCACUCCGGCGUCGAGUUGUCGUCACUCAACUCCACGCCGACUCUACCGCACGAAUUGUCACCAAAUCAUCAGUUUAUGAGCCAUUCCUCUGAACCAAUACUACCGCAGACGUCAAUCUCGAUGCCGCAGUGGGAGAUGAGUGGUUCCGGUGGCGCACCCGUUGUGUGCGGCCCUCCGCAGUACAUAUACCAUCAAACGCCGACUCAUUAUUAUGCGACCAAUUCUCAGAUACCCGGCCCUUACUUCAGUCCUGUGCCCAACGGAACGCCUAUUGCUAUGACUUCUCACAAAGAGAUGAACAAAAUGAGAGCCUCGGGUCCGGGUGUAGGCGCCGGCAAGUCCUCCAAAUCCAAUCAUAACCAUAACGACAUCAGACAACCAUUUUAUCCGCCUUCCAAUCCAUAUCCAGAGGUUCCGCAACUGAUUGAUCCAAACCGAGCGCCGGUGACCGACGGAAUGGGUCCCCAAAUGUUUACUCCGGGAUACCCGGGAUUUCUGCCACACGGGAGUCCAUUCCCGCCGCCACCCAUGUAUAUCAUCGCCACACCUGAAGGUUCUUUCAUCACAUAUGGCGUCCAAAUGGCCACUCCUGGAGUUCAAAUGCCUCGACCUUCGAGCCCACACACUGUUCCUAACGUCGACUCAGACUCAGCCAACGCGUGUAAAGUGCCUUCAAAUGAUGGUAACGGUUCCAACUGUUCCAAUGAGCCUCUCGAUGAAGAUAUUAAUGAUGUGAGCGAUGAGCCCAUCGACGAACUUGCGCUCGAAUCCAAUGAUUACAACGAAGACAAUGAGAUGAAUGAUACGGAAACUCAUAAUCAUAUAAAUAAUGAGACAAACGUUGAAUUUAGUGAAACUGACGUGAAUUGUGUGAAUCCUGUGAGUGAACCGGAGAUUAAUGUGAUUGUCAAAGACGUGACAAACACUACAAGUGCUGCCAUUUCGACGCAAACUACUAGUUCAACGACAGCGGCCGCACCAGUGGUCUGGGGCUCCAGUAGUCAGAAAUCGUGGGCCGACCUCUUCAAAGACGGCUCAGCUAUUCACUCAUCGACUCUCUCAUCGCAAACAUCCGGUGGUGCGACCACUGGCCCUAUAAUAGUCAGCCAUAACUACAAUAAUGUGAAUCUAUCUGAAAGUGACAGUCAUCUGAAUUCUAGUGGUGUUAUCAGUGAAAGUGAGGCUCAAAUCCAAUGCAUUCCUAUGCGCAACGACUCGUUCGCCAGAAAAUUAUCCAAAAAAGUCAAAGAACUCCAUUUAAAGCACUUUUUACCAUAUCUNACAUUUGAAUCAACUAAGAAAUGUCUUGUCAUGAAUUUGGAGACCGACGAUGGCUGCGAUGACUCCAUGAAUGGCUCUUCCAUUGAAUCCAUGAUAAUAGCGGUCGACUCGUGGUGUGAUAGGAAUCAGUUGGACAUGAAUUGGUGGUCAACUCAAUGUGGUGAAUUGAAGUGGACGGGUGGGUCGGGAAGUGUUGGGAAUGGCAUCUCCAAGUGCAUUGGAAGGCUUAUAGUCGUCACAGUUUCAAACAUGUCGUCCCUUUGCUAUACCCAGGGGUCGGUGCCACCCGAGCCCUCACCAGCCAUAGGCUAUGGCAGCCAUUGGCACACAAAUGGCAUUCAAUGGCAUUAUUGUCGCACUAAUAUGGUCAGACGUGAAACAAUGGAGUUUCUGGACUUAAGUGACGCCAACGACGAUGAGAAGGCAGAGGCGAUGGCUAUCAUCAGUUGCGGGCCUCUUAAUGGCGUCGAAUUUCCGUUUGAAUACAAAUCGGUGGUCAAUAAGAGUCGGACCCAAACUCAAGAGUCGCUGAACUCAUCGCUUCAGGACAUGGAUUUGGAGGCCAACCACUCCGGCGUCGAGUUGUCGUCACUCAACUCCACGCCGACUCUACCGCACGAAUUGUCACCAAAUCAUCAGUUUAUGAGC